GUUCAUCCCUUCACUGCUCCCUUCUCUAAUUUCUUCGAGCCUUAAUUAAAUCACGUUUCUAUAACCAUGAGGAAUUUAAGCUUACUCACCUUACUCUUCGCUUUGAGCCUAACUCGACUUAGCUCAGCACAAGUUCGACAGAAUUACUACUCCAGCAUCUGCCCCAACGUCGAGUCCAUCGUCCGCAACGCCGUCACGGCCAAAUUCCAGCAGACCUUCGUCACCGUCCCCGGCACCCUCCGGCUCUUCUUCCAUGAUUGCUUCGUUAAUGGUUGUGAUGCUUCGGUUAUAGUAGCUUCGACGGCGAAUAAUAAGGCUGAGAAGGAUAACCCGGAUAAUUUGUCGUUGGCCGGCGAUGGGUUUGACACGGUUAUUAAAGCGAAGGCGGCGGUGGAUGCGGUGGCUCAGUGCCGGAAUAAGGUGUCGUGUGCUGAUAUAUUGGCAAUGGCUGCGAGGGAUGUUAUAGCUCUGGCCGGCGGACCAUCGUAUGCGGUGGAGCUAGGGAGGUUGGAUGGGCUGAGCUCGACGGCAGCGAGUGUGACCGGUAAAUUGCCGCAGCCAACGUUUGAUGUGAACCAGCUGACAUCCAUGUUUGCUUCCCAUGGGCUGUCUCAGGCUGACAUGGUGGCUCUCUCAGCCGCGCACACACUGGGCUUCUCACACUGCAACCGCUUCGCGAACCGGAUCUACAACUUCAAGCCCGGAGCCCCCAUCGACCCGACGCUCAACAAGACCUACGCGGCCCAACUCCAAUCCAUGUGCCCGAAAAACGUCGCCGCGGACAUCGCCAUCAACAUGGACCCCUUCACGCCUCGAACCUUCGACAAUCAAUACUACAAAAAUCUUCAAAUGAGAAUGGGCCUCUUUACUUCGGAUCAGGCUCUGUUUGAAGAUUCUCGAACCAGGCCUGCGGUGAAUGCGUGGGCCCAGAGCUCGGACACUUUUAAUAAGGCCUUUAUCGCUGCUAUGACUAGAUUGGGCCGGGUUGGGGUUAAGACCGGAUCACAGGGGAACAUACGUCGAGAUUGUGCUGUGCUUAAUUGAGGUUUUCUUUUUUUCGUUUUGUGUAAAAAGAAUAAACUGAAAAGGGAUUGCUCAUGUUGUUAGCAAAUGAAGGAAUAAGUUCUAAGAAAGGAAUUGGUUGUUUUACGUAGAAAAAAAAGGGAAUAAAAAUAAAGCAUAAAUGUUUCUA